ACAAUACGUUACGUCUACGUCAACGACCACCACUAGGUUCAAUAUGGCGGAAGAGAGAGCUCUUUUGGACGACAUUGAACCACCACCCGUGUACGUGCAAUCCACAGCAGGAAAGCAAUCAUUUUUGUCUGAUGUUGAACCACCAAAAUACGACGGUCACAGCGUCGCUCCUGGAAGUCAGCAUCUUGGAGCAAGCUUCGACCGACCGUUUCCUUCAAUGCAUGGACCCAUUCACCAGUGGCCGGGACUCAUUGACAAGAUGCCGGCACUCCAGGUGCCAUCAUCUCAGGUGCCACCACCCGAGAUGCCACCAUCUCAGAUGCCACCACCCGAGAUGCCACCACCCGAGAUGCCACCUUACAUUUCUACCCAACAAAGUGCUACAUCCACAGUUGUUGUGCAGCAACCUUACCCAGAUCAUGUUGGUAUGGGUGGGUACCCUAGUGAGAUCAAGGAUUAUUACUGCCUUUCUCUCUUCACUUUAUUAGCGUUUUGUUGGCCAAUUGGUCUGGCUGCUCUGUCAGCAUCUCGAAGAGCCCGUGACUGCCUGCUCUUGGGAGACAUACAUGGAGCCAAGAAGGCAUCAACUCGAGCUCUUAAACUUAACAUUGCUGGUAUUGUGAUUGGAAUUGUGAUGAUUGGCAUCAUCAUUGGCGGGCUUGUUGUAAUAAUAAUCACGGAGUUUUAAUGGUGUCAGUGACAUUUCCUUGCCUUACUUGCUGAUGUUAUUAUGACUCUCAUAAGCUAAAUGUUAUAGAUUUGGUAGAUAAAUAACUUUAUGAUUACUUACUGGCUGCUGACUUUGCGUAGCAUAGUUUGGUAGGUACUUUGGUAGAUGUGGUAGCUUUGUGACUUACAUUCAUAUUUCUGAAUCUGAUGUUGUGUUAGAA